ACCACACCUUUUAGCUUUAUAUUUUUGUUCGUUAGUCAGUAUAGAAAGAAUCCCAGAAAAGAGAUAAAAACACAAACAACUACCCUUAGAUCCAAUGUGCUUGGAGGGCAUAUCUCGUAAGUUUAAGGAGUGGCUCGGAUUGAAGCAUGAGAGCAAUACGAAGACGGUUAAAGGGAAAGUGGUGGUGAUGAAGAAGAAUAUGCUUGAUUUUGACGACUUUGGUGCGGCGGUUUUUGAUAAUGUUUCUGAGUUGUUCGGGAAACAUAUCUCAAUACAAUUUAUAAGUAUAACUCAUCCUGAUCCAGGAUCUUCAGAAGAUAGGUUAAGAGGGAAGCUUGGAAAACCAGCAAUUUUGGAGGGCUGGAUUGACACAAGUGGCUCUGUCGCAGCUGAGGAAUCAACAUAUGGAAUUACCUUUGAUUGGGAUGAAGAGAUAGGACUUCCAGGAGCAUUUUUAGUAAAAAAUUUUCACCCUAAUGAAUUUUAUUUUAAAACACUCACUCUAGAAGAUGUUCCUAGUCACGGUGAGGUUCAUUUCGUUUGUAAUUCAUGGGUUUAUCCAGCCGAAAAAUACAAUGCAGAUCGCAUAUUCUUCGCGAACAAGGCUUAUCUUCCCGGUGAGACACCUGAAUUACUACGUCCUUAUCGAGAGGAUGAGCUCGUAGUCUUGAGAGGAAAUGGGUUGGGGUUACGUGAAGAAUGGGACAGGGUUUACGACUAUGAUGUUUAUAAUGACUUGGCAAAUAAGGAUGACCCGCGCCCAAUUCUUGGAGGGUCGUCUGAGUAUCCUUACCCACGUAGGGGUAGAACUGGGAGAUCAAAAACCGAAUCAGCUACAUAUGAGAUCAGGCUUCCAAUAACUAAGAUUAGUAAGAUAUAUGUUCCAAGAGAUGAGAAGUUCCUCCACUUGAAGAGGUCUGAAUUUAUAGCUUAUGAAUUAGAAGCUGUCCUUAAAUUCCUCCUCUCUGGAUUUGAUGCUCUAUUCGACGACACCAUUGACGAAUUUGACUCGUUUGAAGAUGUCAUGAAGCUUUACAGAGGAGGACUCAAACUUGAUGAAGGAAAUUCAUUUAAUAUGAUACUAAAAAAUACCGCUUUACAUUUGUUGAAAGAACUUGGUCGAUCUGAUGGCGAGGGACUUUCCAAAUACGUAGAACCACAAGUCAUCCAAGCUGACCCAUCCGCUUGGAGCACCGAUGAAGAAUUCGCAAGGGAAAUGUUGGCUGGAGUUAACCCUGUUUCGAUUCAGCUUCUGAAAGAGUUUCCUCCAACAAGCAAGCUGGAUGCUCAAGUCUAUGGUAGCCAACAUAGUUCAAUUAGACCACAUCACAUUGAGGAACAUCUUGAUGGCUUAGAUGUAGAUGAGGUAGUAAAAGCCAACCGGCUUUUUAUAUUGGAUUAUCAUGACUUAUUGAUGCCAUACGUUAAGCGAAUAAAUGAAACUUCCAGCAAGAUCUAUGCCACACGAACUUUGCUCUUGUUACAAAAAGAUGGAACUUUGAAACCAAUAGCUAUUGAGUUAAGCUUGCCUCAUCCAGACGAUGAAAAGCUUGGCGCCGUUAGCAAAGUAUGCACACCCUCAAAACUUGGAGUUGAAGCUGAAAUUUGGAAGUUGGCUAAAGCGUAUGUCGUUGUGAAUGAUUCUGGUGUUCAUCAACUUAUUAGUCACUGGUUGAACACCCAUGCUGUUAUUGAGCCAUUUGUGAUAGCAACAAAUAGGCAACUAAGUGUGCUCCAUCCCAUCUACAAGCUUUUGCAUCCUCAUUUCCGUGAUACAAUGAACAUCAAUGCUUCAGCUAGGGCUAUUUUGAUCAGCAGUGGAGGAGUAAUUGAAAAAACCUUUUUCAGUGGGAAAUAUUCAUUGGAACUAUGUUCAAAGAUAUACACGAAAUGGGCGUUCCCUAACCAGGCUCUCCCAAAAGACCUUUUAUUGAGGGGGAUGGCAGUUGAGGACUCGAAUUCUCCUCAUGGCCUACGAUUAACAAUUGAAGAUUACCCGUAUGCUGUAGAUGGGCUUGAUAUUUGGUCAGCCAUAAAAACAUGGGUUCAGGAUUACUGCAUGUGUUACUACAAAACUGACGCGAUGGUGCAAAACGACAUUGAACUCCAGUCAUGGUGGAAGGAACUUCGAGAGGAGGGACAUGGUGACAUGAGACACGAAUCAUGGUGGCCUAACAUGAGUUCUGUUCAAGAUGUUAUAGAUAAUUGCACAAUAAUAAUAUGGAUAUCUUCUGCUCUUCAUGCAGCAGUGAACUUUGGACAAUACCCUUUUGCAGGGUACCCCCCCAAUCGUCCAACUCUAAGUCGUAGGCUUUUACCUGAACCAAACACUCCUGAGUACGAUGAGCUAGCCACGAAUCCUGAGAAAGCUUUUUUGAAAACAGUUGGUUCGCAGACGCAGUCACUUAUUAGUGUGACUUUAAUAGAGAUAUUAUCAAGGCAUACAUCAGAUGAGAUCUACCUUGGGCAAAGAGAGUGUCCUAAGUGGACGAUGGAUCCGGAACCUCUAGAAGCAUUCGAAAUAUUUGGUAAUAAGCUCAAAGAAAUUGAGGAAAGAAUGGUGAAGAGGAACCAAGAUGAGAGGUUGAAGAAUAGAUAUGGACCAGUUAAGGUCCCAUACACUCUACUGCACCCCAGUAGUGAAAAAGGACUUACUGGAAGGGGCAUUCCAAACAGUGUGUCGAUAUGAAACUUCUUUAUCUAAUGUUUGUUACAUAUGUGUGCUUGUGUAUUAUUCUAAUUUAGAUGGAUGUGAUAAUGUAAAAUAUUUGACGUUUUUUUCCCUUUUGGUUUGUAAAUCUUAGUGAUGAAGUUAUUUUGUUGUUAUCUCAA